AUGGCGAUCGCGGCGCCCGUGGGAAGGGACCCCAAAGAUCCCAAGGAUCCCGUGGAUCCCGUGGAUCCCAUGGAUGCCCCGAUCCCACAGGAGAUCCAGCGGCUCCUGGAAGAGGCCGAGGGUUUCCUGUGCCAGGCUUUGCGGGAGGAGCCGCUCAGCGCCCGGGCGCGGGACCAGGGCGCCGCCAUCCUGCGCUCCCUGCAGCGCCUCCGCGCCAGGUACCCCCCGGAAUUCCCAUCCCGAGGAGGGGAUGAGCACAACGGACACGACGGCUCUGAGGAAAAUCCCAGCUGGAAUUUCGGCCCUUCCCGGGUUCCUCCGGCCCCAUUCCCCACAGAAUUCCCAGAUGAGGGCCUGGAGGAGAUCCCACGGCCCUUCCAGGAUUCCAGGAAUAUUUUGAAGCAAGGAUACCUGGAGAAGAGAUCCCGAGAGCCCAGCUUUUUCGGCUCAGACUGGCACAAGCGCUGGUGCGUCCUCACCCAACGGAAUUUCCUCUACUACGCCAACGAGAAAAGCAAGCAGCCCAAAGGCUCCUUUCCCAUCGAGCGCUACCAGGCCCACCUAGAUCCCCAGCUCCGGAAAGAUUCCCGGAAAAAAUGCUGCUUCCAGCUGUUCUGUCCCGGAAAACGCUCCUACGAGUUCGCAGCUCCGAGCCCGGCCGAGGCCCAGGAUUGGGUGGAGCAGAUCCGGUUCCUCCUCAGGGACCUGAGCUCCCUGACCAUUCCCUGCGACGAGGAUGAGGAGGAGGAGGAGGAGGAAGAGCUCUCCAAGGACCGGGACAGCUCCGAUUCCAUGAAUAAUUCCCAAAAUUCCACCCUGAAUCCCGAGGAACAGGAGCUGGAAGGCGAAGACAUCUACGAGGUAAUGCCAGAUGAGGAGCUGCCUCCGCCGUUCCCGGAGGAUGAGGAGGAUUUCGGGAGUGAGGAGGAAAAUUCCGACUGGGAUUAUUCCAAUUACUACCAGGGAUUGUGGGAUUGCCAUGGGGACAAUCCCGACGAGCUCUCCUUCCAACGGGGCGACCUCAUCCACAUCCUCAGCAAGGAGUACCCCGGGUACGGGUGGUGGGUCGGGGAGCUCGGCCGGGACAUCGGGAUCGUCCCAAAGGAAUUCCUGGCGCCCGCCUUCGACAUGGAGCCGUGACAGGGACAGG